AUGGUCACUGUUGGAAGCCAGGAAAUGACAGAAGUAGCUGCUGCAAUUACAGCUAUACGGCGAGACAUUAGUGCUCUGCGCGCCGAGAUCAGUGAAGGCCUUGAGAAAAUAUGCACUUCAACUUCUGGAUUUGACAAGAGUCUCCUAGAUAUCGAUGGGACCUUGAUGAGAGACGUCAGUGCGCGGCUUGACUCCCUAGCGCUCGACAUCAUGACUACGAGAGUCGACAUACAGGCUCUGGGGCUGGACAUUGACCAGGCCCACGACCGUGUGUGCACCACUCUCGACGAUCAUCGCAGUGGAAUAUUCAAGACUGUACAAGACUCGCACAAGGCCACGUCUGGCAGGCUUGAGGAUUUGUCAAGGGCUGUUGUCGACGUCAACAGUCGAACUAAACAUGGGCUUCUUGAAACCGGACAUGGCCUCGAUGUGAACCAUGAUGCCUUUGUAACAAAGCUCGACAAGGUAUCCGAGGAUAUCAAUUUGACUGUUUGUAGAAAGAUCGACAUCGCAAACGGCCAUAUCAAUAAACUCAUUGUUGACACGAGGGACCACUUGCGAGGUCGGCUUGAUGAGGUCCAGGAGGAGGUGGAGAGUUCACGUCGCCGGACACACGAGAAAUUGAACGAUGUGCACGAGGCUCUUGCUGGCAUCGUGAAUACUACACGCGACAGACUUCUUCGAAAAAUUGAACAGGCUACGUCGUUGUUCAGCUCGGUGCAGCCGUUGAUGCGUGAGCUCAGGAGGAACCACAAAGGGUAG